AUGCAGUCAAUCCUCCGCAUGCCACGGUCAACAACCGUUGUGAAGCUCUUAUGUCCAUCCCUACUCGGAGCUAGGGCAUCAAUUGCAAGUCGAACAUCCGCGUAUCGGUCCAGAACCAAGAGAUAUAGCCAUCAAUCAUACGGUAGCAACGACAAUCCACAGGGACACCAACCUGCGUCUCGUAAGAGUCGCGAACUGGAGCAUCCCGGCCCCCCACCCCCAGACGUAAGAAAAGACUCGCCCAGCAGAACCAACCCCGAAGCAUCACAAAAGAAAGAACAACAAGAAGAACAACCCCAUGAAGAUUCAUACCACAAAAAGCAACCCUCCAACAAAGCACGACCAACCCUCAGCACGGGUCGGGAAUCGCCCAAUGUCGAUGAGGAAGGUAACGUUCGCGGCGAUGUGCCCGAGGACGUGAAACGGCACAAUGCUGAGUUGGAUCAGAGGUACGACAGGGCGUACAAUCAGAUUAGGGACGAAGGGAAAGUGAGUAAAGGGUUUUGGAAGGGGAAUGGGCGGGGUUUGACGGAGGAUCAGGGUGGUGCGAGGGCGCAGUAA